UUAAAAGCCUGUCUGCAUUAACUGGACUGGCAACGCACCCAUGGCUCUGCCCAUCGUUCUCAGUUUAUGUUUCUUGGUCUUCGUCAAGGGACAGCCGUCGCCCAAUGUACAGGCAAGAAUUUCACAAGCUAUCGCCAAUGCAGCCUCCUCCUCCUCAAAGCCGGACUACGCAUCGUUCGUGAAUCCUUUCAUUGGUACAGACAAUGAAGGCGAUGUUUGUCCAGGAGCGUCUAUUCCCUUUGGCGUGGCCAAAAUCACGACCGAUAUGACAGGCUAUGCCCCUGCUGGCUAUAUUACGGAUGUUACCCAACAAAUUAAAGGCUUUAGUCCUCUUCACGACAGUGGUACCGGUGCAUCUGGUGACUAUGGCUUAUUCGAAGUUAUGCCGUUGCUCUGUCCCGAUGGUUUCCAGACCUGUACAACUCACUUCGAUAAACGGUUACGUUCGCGUUUACCUAAUACCGACGAGGCUACUCCCGGUUACUUUGCUUUGACGUUGGAUAAUAAUAUCACUAUGGAAGCAACAGCCACCCGACGUGCUGGAUUGGAGAGGUUCACAUUCCCGUCUGGGUCUAAGCCAUACUUUGUUAUUGACCUAGCGAACGACAAUGCUGGAACGUUUGCGGGUGGGUCUAUGAAUAUCGAUCCUGAGAAAGGACGCAUCACGAUUGGCGGUCAUUGGGGUCCAAGUUUUGGCCCUUCAAGCUUCCACUACCAAGCGUUUGGCUGUUAUGACAUACUUAACGGCGGUCAACAGAAGCUAGACGAGUAUGGGAUCUGGACAGCGGAUGAUUACGGUAUGGAUGCCAAAGGCCUCGGUCAAACCCACCUCAACCUCUCUGUGAAUCUGAUUGGCGGAUCUAUUUACCAAUCCGGCGCAUUGUUCUCGUUUGCCGAUACCCCAGAGACUGUACAUUUCCGCGUAGGCGUGUCGUUCGUAUCUGCGGAACAAGCGUGCGCCAAUGCCGAAUCCGAGAUCGGUUCAGCCUCCUUUGACGACAUCCUUGCCCGGGCAAAAGCGUUGUGGAAUGAGAAGUUGAGCAAAGUCGAGAUCGACAUUGCGAACACCCCGGCGAAUAUCACUGAAAUGCUGUAUACAUCACUCUAUCGGGCUUCUUUGACUCCGAACAAUGCAACCGGAGAAGGACAAGGCUUGUUUACCGAUACCUCAUCCUACUACUUCGAUUCUUUGUACUGCAGCUGGGAUACUUUCCGAACAUUUUACCCCCUCAUGGCGCUUCAUUCACCCGUGGAAUACGCACAAAUCGUAGACGCCUACAUCGACGGUUGGCGCAAGAAUGGAUGGAUGCCCGAAUGUCGCACAAAUAACGUCCCAGGAUACACUCAAGGCGGCUCUAGUGGGGACAUCAUUGUCUCUCACUUUGCCAUGAGCUACCACAACGAGGCAGAAAAGCUAGGCAUCGAUUUGAAUGAGCUAUUCUCCGCCAUGCUUACAGACGGUGACCUUAAUCCUCCGGAGUGGAAUAUCCAAGGGCGACAAGUGAAUGUCUACAAGCAGUAUGGAUACGUUCCUUUCGGUGUCCUUGAUCCAUCAAGUACCGGCCGGCAAACAAGGGAGGCAAGCAGGACACUCGAGUACGUAUUCGAAGAUUUCGGUAUACGUCAAGUAGCUCUCCUAUUAGGAAAUUCCGAGGAAGAAGAACGAUACUACAACCGGUCAUUGUUCUACCGCAAUGUUUGGGACCCUACGGUUACAAGCGAUGGCUACACAGGAUUCAUGCAGAAGCGUGCAAUGAAUGGAACUUUCAUCUACACUGAUCCCACCAACUGUUCGCCGAAGGAUACGAGCGGGCGAUCGUGCUCCUUCCAAGAGGACAAUAUCAACGGUUUUUACGAAUCUUCUUCUUGGGAGUACAGUUGGUUUGUCCCCCAUGACACUGCCUAUCUAGUUAGCCUUAUGGGCGGAAACGAAACCUUCCUAAGCCGUCUUGAUCACUUCUUCAAUACUGGAUAUUACCUUGCGGGCAACGAACCAUCAUUCCAGACACCUAUUGGCUACCACUACGCUGAUAAACCAGCACAAUCCGUCGACCGAGUGCGACAAAUCGUAUUCCAAAACUUUGGGAUAACUCCCGCCGGUUUACCUGGCAAUGACGACCAAGCGGCUAUGGCCUCCUUAUUGACAUUCCAUCUUCUGGGCCUUUACCCGGUUCCAUCCACGACUGAAUUCCUGGUCCUCUCACCCUUCAUUCCCAAAUACACCAUUCACAACUCCUACCUCAACACCAGCACCACGGUUACUGUGGUCAACUAUGACGCAAACUCUGUGCAGCAGACCAUCCCCUCUGGCACCUCUGCGUAUGUGGCGAAUGUCACUGUUAACGGAGAAGCAACCACGAGGUGCCACUUCGACUUCUACGACACGUUUAGAGUUGGUGGCGACAUAGUCAUCACUCUAACAGCGGAUAAGGAUAGCGCAAACAGUUGCGAGGGUUCGCUGCCCGCUAGUCUUUCUGCUGAAGGUUUCCUUAAGCCGAGAUAAUCCCCUUGUUUUCAGGGUUGAUUGAAUUUACAGUUGGUAGCAGUAAUGUAUGUAUAUCACGACGUAUCCAUGUCUUGAAUAAUAG